AUGACGCGGAAUCUUCCUAAUACCUUCUUCAUUCAUCCCUUCAAGGCGUUUCGCCAGUCGCCCUGGGCAUUUUCGUCCGCCCUUCCAUCCCGAAUUGACGCGUCCUUACUGGUUGAAGAGGAGAACUCUCCCUACUACGAACCAGCCUAUUUUUAUCCGCGGAUUGGUGAAAUCCUUAAUGACCGGUGGCGUUGGUCGAACGAGCGAUAUAUGGCUCUUAAAAUUAACUCUAAUAAUUCCCACGCCCGGAAAACUGCUAGUGGUAUUGAGCUAGAGGUUCUACGACAUAUUACGAAAGCGAACCGUCACCACGAGGGCUGGGGUUUCGUUCGAAAAUUACUUGACUCUUUUUCUGUCCAGGGGACCUCAGGGAGUCAUAUAUGUCUCGUCUUCGAACCUUUACAUGGCGUGAUGCCACCGGAGAUUUUCAAAAUAAUCCUCUAA